AUGUGUUUCGUCUUCACCUGCGGAGAGCACACCUUUCGCAAGCAGGUCGAGGGCUACGAGAGCGUCACCUGCCAGUGCCACAACUGCCGCAACCACGUCAUCAAGAGCAACCCGUGGUUCACAUUCUGCUUCAUUCCUGUCCUCCCGCUCUCCUUCAAGGGCUACCAAGACGUCAUCUGCAACGUGUGCAACUUUGCGCAGCCCCUCGAGAACAGACCCGACGUGCUGAACAUGCGAGGCGGAGGCGGCCAGGUCCCGUUACAAAAUCAGCAAUAUCAGCCGCAUCACCAAGGCGGACCACCACCGGGCUGGGGAGGACCGCCACCGGGUCAGCAGCAGCAGCAGGGCAUGCGGUACGGCUAA